AUGGGCAGAUCCAGAACGCGUAGUAAGUCGCCAAGUAGCAGACGGCGUCAUAAGAGUAAACAUUCAAGAAAACGUUCUAAAUCGCGUGAAAAACGUUCUAAUAAUAAAUAUUUGGAAAAAUCAAAAGAACGAAGUUCUAAAACAAGAAAACGCUCACAUUCUUCAUCAACAAGUAGUGAUUCUGAUGGCUCUGAUGAUGUACAUAUUGUCAGCCAUAAAAAACGCUUAUUCAAAGAUAGAGAUCGAAAAAUGGAUGAAGUUGAGCGAUUAGCUGAAAUGGAACGUCAAAGGAAAAAGAAAGAAUUAACGCACAAUACCCUCGCCACAAGCGCAAUCCGGCGGCAACGAGAAACAGAGCAAAAGUUAGUGGAAGAAGAGGCUGCUAAACGCAUUGAAGAGCUAGUCCAAAAAAGGGUGGAAGAAGAAUUAGAAAAACGUAAGGAGGAGAUUGAAGCAGAAGUUCAUAGACGAGUAGAAGAGGCUAAAAAAGCUAUUGAACGACAAAUGAUGGAAGAAAUGGAAUGGCGCCAGGCUAAACUCCGCGAGGAGGAGAAACGAAGAGAGGAGGAAGAGCGGAAAAAACGUGAGGAACUCGAACGGAUCAUGGAAGAAAACAACAGGAAAAUUGAAGAGGCUCAAAAGAAAUUGGCUGAAGAACGAUUAGCAAUGGUUGAAGAACAACGUCUUAUGGAAGAAGAGCGUCAGAAGAUGAGAAAAGAACAAGAAAAGCGAGUUAAAGAAGAACAAAAGAAAAUAUUGGGAAAAAAUAAUUCGAGGCCUAAACUUUCUUUCACUUUAAAACCAGUAACGUGA